GGAGCCGCCAGCGCAGAGCCCGGUGCAGAGCCGCUCGGCCGCGGUUGCCUCGGCGGGAGGCCCGGCCCUGGUGCUGAUGCUGGUAGGCUGUGCGAGCUGGGCCCGCGCAGCCUCCUCGCCGCGGUGCUCGGGGCUCCCGCGAUGAUGGCGGAGCAGGUGAAAUGCGCCUCGCCGGUGGCGGGCUCCGGCGCGGGCUCCGGGCCGGUGGUGAACGCCGAGCUGGAGGUGAAGAAGCUGCAGGAGCUGGUGCGCAAGCUGGAGAAGCAGAACGAGCAGCUACGCAGCCGGGCGGCCAGCGCGGCCGCCGCCCCGCACCUGCUGCUGCUGCCGCCGCCGCCGCCCUCCGCGCCGCCGCCGGCCGGGGCCUGCAGCCCGCUCGCCCCGCACAGGGCCCCGGCCGGCACGGCCGCCCCGGGCCCGGGGGCGCUGGGCCCCGCGUUCCCGGGGACCUACUGCUUGCCCAGCCCUGCGCCCUCCCUGCUCUGCAGCCUGCCGCCCGCCGACUCGCCCUUCGUCUACUCCAAGCCGGCGGCGGGCUUCUUCGGCGGGGGUGGCAGCCCGGAGCCGGGGACCGCGGGGACCCCGCCGGGGGAAGCCUCCACGCCGCCCUUGCCGCCUCCAACGCUGCUGGACGAGGUGGAGCCGCUGGACCUGGAGAGCCUGGCCGCCUGGAGCGAGGAGGACCAAUACACCUGGUUAUACGUUGGCUCUUCGAAGACAUUCACCUCACCAGAGAAGUCCCAGAAUCCUUUACAGUGGUGUAGACAUGUCCUAGAUAAUCCCACUCCUGAGAUGGAAGCAGCCAGACGCUCCCUGCGCUUCAGACUGGAGCAAGCGAGCCGAUGGCGGAAUCUCUUCUCUUCACCUGCCUCCCUGGCUUUCCCUUAUAGUCCUGUUGCAAGACUCAGCCCUUAUAGCAAUGGCAUUAGUACUCCCAGCUCCUCUAAAUCCUCCAGCAAAGCAAUACUAACACCUGAAAGAACAGGUUACACCUCCAGAGGCUCUCCUCUCAGCCCGCAGUCGUCUAUUGACAGUGAGCUGAGUACUUCCGAAUUGGAGGAUGAUUCCAUAUCCAUGGGAUAUAAGUUACAGGACCUCACUGAUGUUCAGAUCAUGGCUCGGCUGCAAGAAGAGAGUCUCAGGCAAGACUAUGCUUCCACGUCAGCAUCUGUAUCCAGACACAGCUCCAGCGUGUCACUGAGUUCAGGAAAGAAAGGGACAUGUAGUGACCAAGAAUACGAUCGGUACAGCCUGGAGGACGAGGAAGAGUUUGAUCACCUGCCACCACCUCAGCCUCGUCUUCCGAGGUGUUCACCCUUCCAAAGAGGAAUUCCCCACUCACAGACUUUCUCCAGCAUUCGGGAUUGUAGGCGGAGCCCCAGUUCCCAGUAUUUUCCUUCAAAUAACUUCCAGCAGCCACAGUAUUAUUCACCUCAAGCCCAAACUCCAGAUCAGCAACCAAAUAGGACCAAUGCAGAUAAGCUACGAAGAAGUAUGCCUAACCUGGCCCGGAUGCCGAGCACCACCGCCGUCAGUAGCACCCUCAGCUCUCCUGUGGCAGUGAGGAGCAGUCAGAGCUUCGACUCAAGCUUGCAUGGAGCUGGCAGUGGGGUUUCCAGGGUCCCGUCCUGCAUUCCAUCCCCAGGUCAGAUCCAGCACAGAGUUCACAGCGUGGGCCAUUUCCCAGUGCCGGUGCGGCAGCCCCUGAAGGCCACAGCCUAUGUGAGUCCUACCGUUCAGGGCAGCAGCAGCAUGCCCGCAUCCAAUGGCAUGCAGUUAUAUUCCAACACGGGCAUCCCCACGCCAAGCAAAGCCGCAGCUCCUGGGAUCCUGGGCCGCAGUGCGCUUCCGAGACCUUCACUGGCAAUAAAUGGGGGUAACCUGCCUCGGAGCAAAAUUGCACAGCCUGUGAGAAGCUUCCUGCAGCCCCCCAAGCCCCUGUCUUCACUCAGCACACUGAGGGAUGGAAAUUGGAGAGAUGGUUGCUACUGAGGCAGUUUUAUGGACCCUUGAAGACUGGGAAAGAAGUGAAAAUGAGGGUAGUGUUACCUAGCUGGCUGGGUAGCAGUGGAUGCUGGGAUAUUCUUUCCCUGUCACAUUUUAGCAUAUGUACUGCAUUAUUUCCCCGUGGACCAAUCACCAGAGACUAAUGAUUGCACUUACUCUCUGCCUGAGAUACUGCAGCGCUUUCAAACCUGUGGCUGCAGUAUUGUUACACUUAGAUCUAGGAAGUUUUUGUAGAACUGCUCUGUACCUGAAUACUUUUUGAAAGAAUUGAGACGUAUCAAUAAUGCUUUGCCAUAUGAGGUUUUUAAAGUACCUUGUUCAUUUUACUUACAUGUUCUAAACACCUUUCCAUUACAUGUUCUGGAUUUUACUACAUUGCAUAUUUACAACUAGGUUCUAUAACAUGGUUUGAAUUUUAAUUUUUUUAUAGUUUACAGGAAUUUUUAUUUUUUGUGCCUAUUUCUUUUUAUGCCUAUGUGAACCACUAUGGAACAAGUUAAAUUUUGUGCCAUAAAAAUAUUUUUGUGGUAAGGUACUAUUUUUUUAGCUCUAGGGGUAUGUCAGCAAAAAUACACCAUACAAUUCGAGACAUAAUUUUACGUUGAAUGAGCACAAUUUAGUCUAAAGCAUUGCAAGGAGACAGCCAGAUGGCAGAGUUAAACAGUCUUGUCUUUUUCAUUGUUAAUUUAUUGUCUUACAUGAGUUUCAUAUUUAUGAUGGUAUCACAAGCUCAUUGCACUUAAGACCUGCAAUGUUUGCUACUCAAACACAAUUGAUUUUCAAUACUUUAUUACAAAGGAUGAAACUGUAAUGUUUUAUUAACAACGCUUCUGGAAAUGGAUGCAUUUUAAAGCAAAUAAAUCUUUUUGAUAGACCUUUUACAAAA